CAAGACUUCCGGUGUUUGACCGAAGCCUCCUCCACACGGCGCAACUCGUAAUAUCGUAUAAGGCGAGCCCACCAUAUCGCACCAUGUGUCUCAACUGAACUAAAAAGGCUUACAUUAAUCGUCGCAGCAUUUGAGUGAGAACGAGUGAGCUGCACGCCUAACCAAUUCGGGUUAUUACCACGAGGAGCUUCUGUGCGAGAGUAUACUGAACACGCAUCUGCAUUAGGUGCCAGAUAAAUCGUGUACACGCUUGCUCAAUAACUUUCGAGCCUCGUGUCGUGUUGUAUGCUGCUUUUAGCCAGCUGCACCAGUCCAUUUCCGACCACAGAGAGAGACAGAGCUCCGAGUCCCGGCGACGCUCGACUACACCGGCCGUGCAUGUGUUGUACUCUGUGUGCGUGUAACAUUUAGUGCAUUUUUCACAUACCUUGGGCCAUUUGUUCCAUACUCACCAGCAAGCAUGGCAGAUCUUGAUGAUUUCUUUGCUAAGAAGGAUAAAAAGAAGGCGAAAGGUAAAAAGUUUACCACUACAGAGGAGAUAGCCAAGAAACUCGAAGAAACUGGAAAAAAAAUUGAAAAGCCCAAACUCAAAGAAAAGCCGAUCAAUCCAGAAAGUGGUGAAGAUAAUCAACAGAUUGAGGAAGAGGACGAGUGGAAAGAAUUUGAAGAAGAAAAGAAAGAUUAUACGGGCCUGAAGAUUGGUAAUCUAACCGUAACUGAAGGUCCUGAUGAUGAUGGAGAUAACGAUAAAGGAACAGGUAACAAUAGUUCUGAUGCAGAAUCUGGAGAACCUGGAUCCAAACAUUCUGGACCAUGGAAGAAAACUGAUGCUCCACCAGAAGCUGUACAAGAAGUAGUACAAGCUCCAGCUCCACCAAAACCAGCCGCUAAAACUGUUGGUAGUUACAAACCACCUGCAUUUAGAAAUUCUCAACAAACGAUUGAUCGUCCUGUAAUUCGCCCUGGAAGAGGACGAAAUGUCGCUCCUGACAUUAACAGUGAAGAAUAUUUCCCAACCUUAAACUCAAAGCAACCAACUGCCAAUGAUUCAGGUGCAUGGGGAAGAAAAAAACGCGAUGAGGGAUCAUUUGAAGAGGUUAAAGUUCGUGGCGCAGGAAGAACUUAUAAUGCUGCAGAGGUUCAAUCACAAGCUCCAAAAUUAUCACUUGGAAACAAGUAUGGAGCGCUGCCAGAGGAUCAAAGCUGAAAACUACAUAUUUUUUGAUUGAAAAAGACCUUUACGUUACCGCCUUGCUCUGUUUCGUGGCUCAGUUAUGCCAUCAAGCAAAUUUUAUAGGUUAUUAUUGCAUCUGUCUGCAUAUUGAUUCAUUUUUCUAAUUCAAAUGUCUGAUUGUCUGGUUUCUGAUUGUCUCUACUACCGAUGAUUUUUCAAGCUUCCAAAUUCAGCACAAAACUUAUGAUACAGCAUUAUAUUGUAGAUGAAAUCUACCUCAUAAAUAUUUUCGUAUAUAAUUAAUCUAAAGACUUGACUCUAAUAAUUAUUAAGCUUGAGAAUAAUGCAAAAAGCAAAGUAGCUGAAAUAGUCUAAAUAGGUAAAAUAAUAUCUUUAUAAUAAUAAUUCUUAGAGAAUGAUCACAAUCCGAGGCUGGGCUUCGGAACUGCAAUAUCAACAUAAUCAAUGUGCAAGUCGGAACAAAGGUUUGAAUAUGUAAAUUUGUAUUGAAUAAAUAAAAAAACUGGAUAUCGACGAAAAAUGAGGACGAUAUUACGAAGGUAAACGUGUUUAUGCUUUUUGUUGAUAAUUGUUUAGUUAUGUUUUAUAAGUUAGUAAUUCUUUUAAUAUUGUGAAAAACUAGAUUUAAACUACGAACUGAAUUAGAUCAAUGUUAGAUUGAUUAAGACAAUUUAAAGACAGAAUUUAAUUUUUAUUCUUUGAAAAAAAUCUUAAAGGCGCCGAGAAGAUGAAAGUUUCUGACUUAAGAAAUCAUGUGAAUUUUUGUACAGCUUAGCUUUUGAAAAUCGUGAUUAUUUAUUAUGAAUACAUUUAUAGGAAGCAUUUACACGAACUGCCUGAAAUGCACUUUGACUGUGUAAAACGUUUUAUGGGAUGCCUCAUUACAGUCUGGUGAACCAUAUAGAAUCAAAUGAAUACAAUAAAAUAGGAAUAAGUAAUAUGUUCAUCACGUUGAAUGUACCACCUGCAAUUUUUAUAAUACUAAUAAAUUCAUUGUUUUUUAGGCAAUGUAAGCUCAUA